AUGUCGCGGGACUCACGAAAAGAGAAUCCUUUGGUCGUCGACAAUGGAGGCGUGGAUCGUACCCACACCUUUGUGGAGAGCUUUGUGGCGCGAUUGCCAUUUGAAGAGCGGCUGAAGGCGUCGCUGGAGGAAAUGUUACUUCCGUUUGGCUACAAUUCUUUAAAAGAACUUGCCGAGAUUCCGCAGCAGCAGAAACCACCAGAACCCGAUACACCGACAGGAGAUGAAAAUAGUUGUGCACUAUGUCAAAGGUGUAACAUGUAUGAAGAUCUACUUAGAAAAAUGGCCACCCUGCUCCUUGAGAAACUGGAUGACGAUGACUUAGUCUCAAACAUGGGCAUGGAAUCAAACAUUUUAACAGGCGCGUGUGAGCCCGGGAUGCGUAUUAUGGUGUCGCCGACUGGCUCCCCCCACCGCUUGGAUGAUGAUGACUUGAUGGAAGUCACCAACGGUGACAGUGCUGCACAUCUCACAACCUCUCUAGCGGAUAGUCAUUUUGAUUCCUUUCCCAGCGUUACAUCAACAACGUCCACACUUUUGACAACCUCCUCCUGCAGUGCUCAAGGGGGCGGAGGCUCAUGGUUACAGGACUUCUUGACCAUGUCACCCGACGGAGACAUCAGUUCUCCACAUUGCAACAAAACCUCACCAUACAACGUCUCAGUCUCUAAGAGGCCCUGCCCCAGGUUCUUUCCGAGCCUGAUGGUACCGCAGCGAUGCCCACCGAGAGACGAUGCGUCGCAAGUCAGUGCAUGCUCACAGGGAACCCGGCGAAGCACCAGGUAUAUAUCACGUGGUGCUUCCUAUUCCAUUUCCACAAUCCAAAGUAGGGAGGUGCAACCAUGCGUUAAGGAGACUGCGAAAACGGUAAUAGGCCGCGCGAAUCACAAGAAAAAGAUAAACGACUACGUGGUGUUGGGAGAAAUUGGCCGUGGUUCGACGGGCGAGGUUGUGUUGGUGCAGCACCACGAAACAAAGGAGCAGUUUGCGAUGAAAAUGGUGAAUCUGGGGAACAAACUUGAGCGACGACGCGUGAAUGCCAUUCGCUCUGAGAUUGCAGUACUGAAAGCGGUGGCUCACCCCCAUCUCGUUCGACUCUACGAAGUGAUUGCUGACAAGAACCACAAGACCAUUUUUUUGAUCCUGCAGUACAUCUCACGUGGUAGCGUCGCGCGGGCCUUGACUCCCACCACUGUUGUGCCCAUUCCAGAAGCACAACUGCGGCUGUACACACCACAGAUAGUCUCGGCCUUGAAACACCUACAUUCGAGAGGUAUAUUCCAUCGGGACAUCAAACCAGAAAAUAUUUUGAUAGACGAAAAUGAACACAUAUAUCUUGCUGACUUUGGCGUGAGUGCAAUCUGCACCCCCAAUGGUGUCCGGGGUGUGGAGGGAACGCCGGCGUUUAUGGCUCCCGAGGUGUGCCUUGGGAAACCGGAGGUAGUUGGAGAACUCGUGGACGUAUGGGCACUAGGUGUCACGCUGUAUCAGCUGAUGUAUGGCUUCCUUCCGUUUCGUGCGCACACAUACCAGGAGAUGACGCAUCAUAUUGUUAGUAGUCCGCUUGUUUUUCCUGACGAGAGGCAAAAAAAGGGCUCCAAUGAGGUUGGUGCCUCUGAAUUAUCAUGCAUGGAUGGGCUCCAUACGCUUACUAGAGAGACAUCUCAAGACGUCAAGGAUGCAACGGAACAGAGGAGAGAACAUGAUUCCUCUGAAGAAUUGUCCCCAUGCACGGUUUCUUCGUCACCAGAGUUUAAGGAGUUGAUUCGAGGCCUUCUUUGCAAGGACCCUGAAUUCCGCUGGACGCUGCGACGCAUUGGUGAAUCUGCAUGGCUUCGACCAGGUCUCGAAAAGCGCUCUGUAGGUGAAAUAGCGGGCAUCCCUCCACUUGGGCGCAACGAUGUCGGCAUCCCUAAAUUUGCCUUGUCGCCCUUAAUAAAGCCGUCGGGCAACCCAUGUCAAUUAUUAACCAACGUGCCCAUAACGACACCCAGGCAUGCUGUCACUGUAAAUGUUCACCCCGUUUCGACCCUAACAGCCCAAAGCAGCGAUACCACCAACAGCGCGAGUGACAACAGUAACGACAAAAAGAAGAACGGCAACAACAACAACAACAACAACAACAACAACAACAACAACGACAAAAACAGCAACGACAACGGCAUGGACAUCGACGGUAAAGUAAGCAAUGAAAACCAGCUGGAUUGCGCUCGCCACUUGGAGACCUAUCAGAUCCAUCCAACUAAACCGGAAAAAUUGUGGAAAAGGUUUAUUCCCCACUCGUGGCGUAGAAAAAAAGGUGUCUUAUCAGGGAGUAGUCAUAAUUGA